AUCCCUCAAAAUUUUUUUUUCUUUUUAUUACUAAAGAUGAAAUUUAUAAUGUAUAUAACGUUAACGAUUGUCGUAGUAUCGUUGGCAACAUUUAAAAUUAAUGCUGCACCAAUAUCAUCUCCUUCGGAUGAAUUUUUAUUAAAUACAAUUUCCUUACUUUGUUUGGUUAACAGAGAACGUGCAAACGCUAAUGUUAGACCCUUGGCUUUGGAUAAGCGAUUAGUGAAAGCAGCACAGCUUCAUACAAAUUAUAUGGCUUUAACCAAAAAUUUAACGCAUGAUGAUGUAUCUGGAUCAUUAGGUACUCGAAUAAGUAAUCAAGGAUUUGAUUGGUGGAUGGCCGGUGAAAAUAUUGCGUAUGGCUUUACAGAGAAAGAAGAAUCUAGAGUCAUAAGAGCUUGGAUGAAUUCACGAGGUCAUCGAGCAAAUAUAUUAAAUAGAAAAUUUACACAUUUCGGCUCUGGCUUUAGGAAUAAUUAUUGGACUCAAAAUUUCGCUCAAUCUGCUGAUGAAUAUCUGCUAGAUGUUCCCAUAUGUCCUACAAAAUCUAUAAGAAUAACUAUGCAAAUAUAGCACAGAAAAUGGUUAUGAAUAAAAAUUCCUUUUUUACUAUGAUAAUUUUUAUAAUAAAUUUCAUUAUGAAUCACGAUGAAUCACGUG